CAGCCCAGGACCUAGGGGCAGACACAUCAGUUGGAGCUCAAUUGUUGAUCAGAUCACAUCCAAGGGACUUGCUGGUAAAAAAAAAACGGAAGCUGAGAUUUUUUUUUUCGAAAGACAAGGCUAGAUUAUUUUCCACAAGUUCUUUUACUUGUGCACUUCAAACCUGACCGAUUUUUUUUUCUUCUAAUUUUUUUCGCUUCUUUCCUGUUGCUGAUUUUUUUUUUAAAAUCAUUAUUACUGUGACUUUAAGAUCGUGUUCAGGAGAUGUCUUUUCCCCAGCUGGGCUACCCACAGUAUUUAAGUGCCACCCAAGCGGUGUACGGUGGCGAGCGGCCGGGAGUUCUUGCUGCCUCUGCGAGAGCAGGAAGCACUGACAUCGCUGCAAGUCCUUCAGCUACGGCCGCGGCUGUCACCUCCGUCCUGGGCAUGUAUGCGAAUCCAUACGCCGCACACAACUACAGCGCCUUUCUUCCGUAUACCAGCGCGGAUCUGGCGCUCUUCUCACAAAUGGGCUCCCAGUAUGAACUAAAAGAUAACCCUGGGGUUCACCCUGCCACUUUCGCAGCGCACACGUCGCCAGCCUUUUACCCGUAUGGACAGUUUCAGUAUGGGGAUCCUGCCAGACCCAAGAAUGCCACCAGGGAGAGCACUAGCACACUCAAGGCCUGGCUUAACGAGCACAGGAAGAACCCCUAUCCCACCAAAGGAGAAAAAAUCAUGUUGGCCAUCAUCACUAAGAUGACACUAACCCAAGUGUCCACCUGGUUCGCCAAUGCUAGGCGCAGACUCAAGAAGGAGAACAAGGUGACCUGGGGUACCAGGAGCAAAGAUGAUGUGGAUGGAAACAUAUUUGGCAGUGACAACGAAGGCGACGCUGAAAAGAACGAAGACGACGAGGAGAUUGACCUGGAGAGCAUAGAUAUUGACAAGAUUGACGAAAACGACGGCGACCAAAGCAACGAGGAUGAUGAGGAGAAACUGGAGAACAGGGGGCACGAGGAGUUGAUGGGAAGUUUAAGGGAUGUCGAGAAAAGGCGAGAGUUUACAGUGCAGCCUUCUGAAGGGUUCGAUAAACCCAAAGACAUGUCAGUGAUCAAGGAGCCCUCCGAGAGUAACAAUACCCGCGUGCUGUCUCCCGGUGUUCAGAUGCCACCUACCAACAAACCCAAGAUCUGGUCGUUAGCAGAAACAGCUACCAGCCCUGACAGCUCUCAGAAGCCCUCGUCACCCUCUGCACCGGCUAAUCACUCCUCACCACAAAUCCAGCACCCAGCAUUCCUGCCUAGUCACGGACUGUACACCUGCCAGAUCGGAAAGUUUCACAACUGGACAAACGGAGCUUUUCUGAGCCAGAACUCGCUGUUGAAUGUGAGGUCUUUUCUGGGAGUAAAUCAGCAUCACCACCAUCAUAAUCAUCACCUUCACGCACAGCAGCAGCAGCAACAACAACAACCUUCUAUAAUCGCAUCUUCUGUCGUAGCGCUGACUAGUGAAAAAUCAUCUGGAACCUGCAGUCCAAAGCACAUAGAACGGGAAGGCGUUCCAGUUACCGACUCUCCCACGCAGACCUUAAAAUCCACUUUUCAAGCAACCCACGACAGCCCCAGGAACCAACAAGAGACAACACAGCGGGUUUUAACAGCUCUGUCGACUGCCUGAUCAAGACUGCGUGUGUGAACGUGUACAAAAAAAAUAAAAUACAACAAAAAAAAAAGGAAGAAAGAAAGAAAAGAAAAGAAAAAAGAAAAAGACUGAAAAUGCAUUGCUGAAAAGGACUAAAAUAAGCUCAUCAACAUUUAGCGUCACUUCGAUGCAUAAAACUAUUAAAUCAACUUGACAAACCAUGUGGAUGGAUUUGCCCUUCCUUUGUACCUUUUAAUCACUGCUCUGCUCGUGUUGAUCAAAUCCCCCCAUCCUUUUUAAUCAUUUGGUAAUUGUCUUUCAUGUGCUUUUUUUGUGUUUUAUUUCUGUAUAUAGAGUGAUCGGAAUUUGUAAAUAGCGCGUCGACAAAAUCUUGUCCAAAUCAUAUAUUUUUGUCUAAUAAACUAAAUGAAAUUAUA